AUGCCAACAUAUACAUGCGUGUGCACACAAACACAUAUAUGCACAUAUGCGCAGACUCAUGAAAAUGUCCAUGAAAGAGCACAGCUACCCCAAUAUAAACAUUCUCGGAUGUCAGCGUAUUACAUGCAAUCCUUGAAUAGGGAUAUGUAG